AUGACUUACAGACUGUGCUUCUCCUACUGGCUAUUGGUCUGCUGGGUGCUGGUAACUGUGGCAGAAGGACAGAGAGAGGGAGCCACCCCUCCUGGAGGCUCACAAGAUAAUGGAGGUGCUACAGACUGCCAAGUCUUCACACUCACCCCUCCACCCCCCAGGAGGAACCCGGUGACAAGGAUCCAGCUCAUCACAAGGACUCCUCAUUAUAAAUAUUUUCCCAAACGAAGGCUCUGGAGAGGAAGCUCAUCUGAGGAAAGCAGAGAGAAAAGAGAAGUCCCAAAUAUGCUGAAGCCAAAGAAGCCAAUGCCUCAGAGAAGAUUGCUGCUUUCUUCUUCCAAACUAAAAUGCUUGAACUUGAAGAUGAAGUAUCUUAAACUAGACUAG